GUUGCGCUUAACACACGGCACGUACACACACGUCCACAGCACGAAGUGACAAUUAUCUCAAAAGGCAACUGCCGUUCAAUCAAAAUGAUACUGAAGUUUUUCAGUGUAAACUUUGCGGAGUAUUUUCACCUACAUGCUGUGGAUUGUCUGGGAUUUUGAAUACUGACUUAGGACAAUGGAGCCCUGGAUUACUUUAAGAAGGAGUGUCACAUUUCUUGCAUUUAUUUUCGUGAAUUUAGCGGCAUGGACAGAGAACUCGGCAAACGCAACGUUGCAAACAGCGUGUGACCUGCCACUGGUCCAGGGUGAGGUAGCCUGGCAGGCAAACCUAACAGAGACAAUAGUGGAUGUCAUAUGGAAUUAUGGAAAGGAGAACUGUAAUUCCGAGGUGUCAUGUUUUGGAGUCAACGGCACCAAGAAUAUCCCCCUUGAUGUUCAGCUUAAGCCACUCCAGAUACAGCAUGGGCAGUUUGUCAGAUUUGUACCGGGUGAAUCGUUCAGCAUGCAGGCGUUCCGUGUCGGCGUAGAGGGAUUUGACGCAUGCGAUGCUUCCUAUGGGGAGGCCGUUACAGCACAGUCCCAGAUGAUCCCAUUCGUUGUUGACAAGAGUUUUAUGACCCCUGGCAGUAACCUCUUCAUAGUAACGAUCCCAAAUCCUCUGUUCAAAUGUCGCCUGGGAUUACGAGUCAAUAUUACGGUGAAGGACAACAAAUGCCAUUACCCACAAUCCCCUGCGGGCAUGCUGUGCUUGGAUCAUGGACACUGCGCUACAAUGGUGACUCAGGCUGAUUUCACCUGUCAUUGUUGCGAAGGCUACACUGGUCCCCAUUGUGAGGAAUACGACGGUUGCCAUUCAAACCAAUGCUCAGAAGGUUCCACAUGCCUUGAUAAACAACAAGGCUAUGACGGGCAUGAGUACCAGUGUAUCUGCCAGCGAGGCAUGAUGGGAGAACAUUGCGAUAUCGAAGCCGACGAGUGUAUGAGCAGUCCAUGUGUAGAAGGGAUCUGUGAGGAUAAAGUGAAUGGGUACCAGUGUUACUGCACACCAGGUUACACAGGAACACACUGUGAAGUUGAAUACAACGAGUGCGUCUCCCAUCCAUGCCAGAAUAGCGGUCAGUGCGUAGAUCUUCUGAAUCGGUUUGAAUGCACAUGUGGACCUGGCUACACAGGUCAUCGAUGCGAGACCAAGGUGGAUCUGUGUGCCAGUCAACCGUGUAACAAUGCAACGCAAUGUGUAGACAGAGGAAAUACGUAUUCCUGUCUCUGCUCACAAGGUUUCUCAGGUACUCAUUGUGAUGUAAAUAUAGAUGAAUGUGAAUCGUUUCCGUGUUUAAACGGAGGAACCUGUAAUGAUGGAAUCAACUCAUUCACAUGUCAUUGCUCUCAAGGGAUCAUCGGUACCGUGUGUGAAAUUUUGGAGAGUCGAACAAUACUUGAUGUCCAAGAGAAAGAUAAUUGGCGCUUCUACGUUGUGAUUGGUUGCUUGGCUGGUGCAUUACUCUUUGCAGUCUGUAUGAUGGUGGUCUGUGUUUGUGCUUUACAGAGUCGCACAGAGUCAAACAAAGUAGGGCACUAUGACCCAAUGUCAGAUCUGAGAAAAACUGGUUACACGUAUGAUGUCAGUAGUGCCUGCGAGACACGGCCAUCUAAGCAAGCAAUCUAUGAGGUCACGUCAAUUGAUUAUUUGAACAACCCAGAUGAGCCUCUUAUCUCAUCCCUCAAACCAAGACUCAUCUAAGAAACUCAUAAGAACAUCUCACAAGAAUCAUCUAAGAAACUCACGAGGACAUCUCACAAGAACAUCUCACGAGUCAUCAGGUUUACCUCUGAACCACAGUACUCAUGUCACUGGAAAUCAAAUUCUGAAUCUCACUUUCCAUUGAGAUUCCAUGUAUUGUUUUUAUAUGGGUCAGCUUGAACCAGAUCACAUGCAAACAGAUUUGCGACCAACUUUCUCUCAAUUUUGUUUUAUCCCAAACUCGUCUUGUUACUGACCCAGUCAACCUCUUCAGAAAAUAUAACGGCUCAUUUUGAAAUUUGUAUACUUUUACCAAUGUUACUGAGAAGCAUUUCUAGAAAGAAGUAGCAGUUCUAAACUGCUACUCUGCAAAAAGUGUUGAGUGCCUGAUGUCUUGAGCAUGGAAGAGUUUUUCUGGCUGAAUUAGAUAUUGCAAACUCAACUACUUCAGUUUACAUACAGGUAUGAACAGUAUUCACACAGGUUGGUUGUUCACUGUAAUUAAUUGAAACAAACUUGCUCUUCCACUCCCCCUGUAAAAAAACAACACCAACCAACAACUAAAACAAACAAACAAACAAACAAACAAACAAACAAACAAACAAACAAACAAACAAACAAACAAACAAACAAACAACCAGUCUCUAAAAAACCCCAAAUCAAAACCAAAUUGAAAACAAACUAGCUUCUCUUCAUCCAGGUGUAUAAAGUGAGCCUACAAAGCGAGUUAUCGAUUGCACCUGAAGGUUAUACUCCCUCUGGAGUUGAGAUAACUCCAGGAUUAAUUGAAGUAUACCUGACAAGUGCGGUCAAUUUCCUUUCCUGACACCGACACUAUACAAUUCUUAUAUUUGUAUUACUCUAAAAAUUGAGAUUGGAAACACUCUGAUUGAUUGAAGAAAUCAUGGAGCUACGAACCUUUGUCCCAGACCUCAUUCGGACGGUCACUUUCAUCUCAAAAUAAUCAAUUUCAACAGCAGUUCUCAGAAGGUUUGAAGUGUGUUUCAACACCUCCUUUAUAUACAAAAGGGUGGAGAGAAUUUCUUUUAAGAAGUUGUCAACUUUCUCAUGUCGCCUUCUGAGAGCCUGGGCCAAAUGUCAUAAAGCUUAAAAAAUUAGUGGGGCACCAGUCACAACAAUGUAAACUUAAUGUAAUUUAGGCUGGUAACCUGUUUAUGCUAAGCACAACUAUUCUUCGCUUAGCAAGUUUUGGUAUUCACAGGCUUUACAAAUUGGGCCCUGGUCACAUUUAAUCAGCAUCAGGGUAGAAUCUGAUAAGAUCGUCUGUUUAUAUUCCGGGAUAAAGUAACCAUUACGAUGUUGAGUCACUCAGUGUGUUACCUCCAACACUUCCUCUUGUAUACACUAUGAGCCAAUUAUUUAUGAGCAAUCAUUCUUGGGAGUUCAUUAAUUGUGAAUGAGGACAGGAAGGUUUUGUGGAGUUUCGGCAAACUGUGGCUUUAGUUUCAAACCUAGUCUGCUUGAAGUCUGAAAUGUGACUGUAUUCAACAAGAGGUGAGAUUGACAAAAAUUACAUAAUUUUAAAUAAAUAAUAAACUUUUGGGGGUCAAAAUUAUAUCAAAUCAUACUGAAUUCUUAAUUAAUAUUCUCAGAUUAUGAGUUAAAAUUAUAAAGUUUUUUGGUGAUUUUUGUUUUCUUCAGUAUUUUGGUUCCCAUUGUAACACAUAAAUCUCUGUACAUAGCCCAUUUUUAGAUAUGUUAAAAUACGACAAGACAAUUUGCUAAAACCUUGUCUGCGUAUUCUUGUAGCUGUUGUAAAUAAUGUAAGAGUAUUCUAAACAACUGUGGUUGUAUUUGCAGCUUAAAAGGAGAAGCAUUCUGUGAGAGAAAAUCUUAACCCACCUCCAGUUAUAACCCCUCUUCUUAGAGCAAAUACUAAAGAAACUUUUUCUAACUUCCUGAAUCCUCAAUGCAACCUGGGCCUAAUUUUAAGGCUCUGCUUACCGGAAGUAAAGAAUAGAUGCUUAAACAUAAGCAGGGAAUCCACACUUUUAUCAAGCGUUAGCAAAGGUUAGCAAGAAAUGUUUGCUUCUGCGCAUGUGUACUCCACAAUUCUAGGCAUUCUUUGGCUAAACAGCUAGCAGGGACAUUUAGUGCUUGCCCUAUAAGCAAAGAAUUCUUAUUGCAACACUGAUUGCGGCGGUAAGUAGAGACAUUAUAUUUUGUUCUUAGCUGAAGAAAUUAAGGUAUUCAGUACUUUACCAAGUCCUGUGGAAGAAAAAAUACACAGGCAUAUCACUUGGGUGUGAUUCGAACCCAUGAUCUUUGUCAUACUAGAGCAGACAGAUAACCUUUACACCACUCGGGAGCUAGCCCUGUUGAGAGUUGAAGCAGGGCAUAUCCUUUAUUACUCAGCUCUGUGGUCUAGUGGUAAGACAACUGCUCUAGCACAGCAAAGGACUUGGGUUCGAAUCCCACCCAAGAUGCCUUCCUGGGUAGGAGGAUUUGUGGACUUUUUAAACCAGAAAACGUGUAGUCCAGAGGCUCAACCUCUAACCAGUGGUGUAGACAUUGCAUUUUACAAUCAGAUGAAAACAUUCCACCAAGGCGACUAGUAGUUGCCAAAACAUUCUUGUAAAAAACAAGCAAACUUGCCAAGUUUUUUAGCAGAGAAAAAUAAU